GCCACUCUGACGUCACAUCGGCGCCUCGCGGGCUGUAAGCCCAAGCCAGGCUGGGCCAGGCGGCCCGGGCCCGGCGGGGGCGCUCGGUCGGCGGCGUUGCCUGGGGCUCGGGCCGGCUGCAUGGACGACAGCAAGGGUGCUGCCCAGUCCUUUGAAGGGUGCCAUGAAGCGUGAGAAGAUAAGCAGAUAAAUGCAGCCUUAAGUUUGUCCUUGCCUGGCUGAUUCUUCACCCAGCACUCCCAGGCCCCUCUGCAACAAGAGCAUGCUGUUGCCUCAUUCAGCUUAAGGUUGAAAACCACUGCAGCAGACCAUUUUUCAUUUGUGGACCCCUAAAAAUUUCAAAUGGAGGCGUGGACCCCGUCCAUUGUAACUGUCGUUCAGGAUCCUAGCCCUAUCUUCAAGCAUCUGUAACUACACCUGACUUGGUGUCAUCUGCAAAUUUGCUAAGCAUUCACUUGAUCCCAUUAUCCAGAUCAUUGAUGAAGAUGAUAAACAGUACCAGACUUGGGACAGACCCCUGGAGAACCCCAUUUCAUACUUCCUCUCAACUACACAUUGAGUCAUUGAUGACUGCUUGUUGAAUAUAAUGAUCCAACCAGUAGUUGGUGGCAAGGUAAAAAAACCAGGCAAGCGAGGUCGUAAACCAGCCAAAAUAGACUUGAAGGCAAAACUCGAGAGAAGUCGUCAGAGCGCAAGAGAGUGCAGAGCACGAAAGAAGCUGAGGUACCAAUAUCUGGAAGAACUGGUGUCAAGCAGGGAGAGAGCCAUCUGUGCGCUCAGAGAAGAGUUGGAAAUGUACAAGCAGUGGUGCAUGGCAAUGGAUCAAGGGAAAAUCCCCUCUGAAAUAAAAGCCCUACUAACUGGAGAGGAGCAAAGCAAAGUGCAGCAGAACUCUACCAAACUUUCCAAGGUUGUGAAAACAGAAGCAAACAGCAACAACCCCUGGUGAAAGCUGAUACAGAAGUCAGUGGUGAAUCCAGCCCUGCUCUGCAUCUCGUGAAGGAAUGAUGAAGAUCUUGCUUUGCUGGUUCUAUUUGCCACCUUCCACCAAAUUGAAAUCUGCACAACUUUUUUUUGGUCAUAAAUUCAACGUGAAUAUGAAACUCCUAGCAUACAGAUUUUAAAGCUACUGUUUGACUUUUAUCUUACUCAGCUUUGAAUAUUGAAGCAUAUUUAGUAUGUACCUGUAAUAUCUCCUAUAGGUAGACAGAAGCAACAUCUCAGCUUUUAAAUGUCUCUGCUGUUAAUACUGCAAUGUAGGCUGUUUUUGUGAUUUGAAUUUAUUUUUAUUAUUACUCAUGAAAGACGCCAAGCUUUUAAUCUGCAGUAAGAUAUGAAGCCUCGUGCACCUAAUCACUCAACCAAGAUGAAGUUGAUUUUUUUUUUUUUUGUCUGUGGUAUGUUGUGUAUGCAUGGCGCAUCUUCUCCUCUGAGAAGAUGUUGCCACUAUGUACAAAUAUUGUCAUUAUAUUUGUUCUGUCUUUUCUUCUUUAAACUGUGAUGAGACAAUUAAGAUCCUUAUCAUUUUACUAAUGAUUUGCAUGAACAUCUGCUUAAAAGUAAAAUAAAAAAACCCCUCAAACCAC